AUGCUCCUGCUCAAAUUCCUAACACGUGCUGGCCUCGGCCAGGUACAAGGGGACCAACUGAGUGCACGGGCGUGCUAUGUUUCAGCAACUCGGGAAUCGGCACGGGUGACACGGGAGUCGCUCGCAGUUUCUACCAUCACUAUGCUGAACGGCAAGGGAUGUUCUAACCAACUAGACAACCCCCGAGAUGAAAGCCUCACGCCACAUGCUUAG